AUGUCGGGCAGACAUGAAAAAGAUAGAAAAAUCCCUGUAGAUGAUGAGGGUAUUACUAAUUGUGUGACAGAAUAUGCAAACGUUAACAGUAAAUCUCGGCAGUUUGUUCGGUCCCAAGUUAUACCGGAUGUUCAGUCACAAUUAUGUACUCAAUAUCCGUUGUGUCUCCAAAAUUCCCGCAUUCUGAAUAACGAUUGCGGUGAUACGUGUAUGACUAGAAAUAUUGACUCUAAAAGGCAUGGAGAGUCUGUAAGCGAAGAUUCAUCGAAGUCUUUUGUCUUUUCAAACAUGUCACAUUUUGGAAAUAAACAAAUACUUGAAGAUGAUUUUCGGACUUCACAUUCGGUUAAACGUCCUUAUGAAUCAUUCUGUUUAGUUUCAAACUCUUCUGCAAAGCGAAAUUGCUGUACUGUUGGGCAAGAUGAAUGUGAAGAACAGUCUCAUGAACCAUCGACAUCAAAUAAUCAAUUUGACAGCUUAGGUUCUCAUGGUUUCGAUUUAUCUUCGGAAAUCAGAACUACAGCUCGAAGAUCAGAAAAUCAUUCUUUACCUUUGGCUCACAAUUUAACCUAUGAAAUCGGAGUAAUAAAUGAAGCCCCGGAUGUUGUGCUCAAACUAACAGAGAAUAAAUACCGGUGUGAGCGUAAAUCGCCUCCUUAUUGUGUAGCUCAUUCAUUCACGAUGGCUGAAAUGGAACAAGCUAAAAAGUUAGAAAAGGACGAAAAUCUUAUUCCGUUUUUUUCCCCCCUCAGUAAAUCUCGGGCUCCUUCUUCGGCAGUUUCACCAGAAUCUUCAUAUGGCAACUCUGUAGUUUCAAUUUCAAAACGGAAUAGCGUUUUUAUUGGUUCCGCUGCACAACGUUCCCGUGAUGUUAACAGGGACAGUUGUUUUAUUCAAGAAGCUGUUGAUAGCUCUGGUAUUUAUAUACCCGGAGUAGAUCUACUGAUAGACGACUCUGAAUGUGAGCCCAUCGAUCUUAUAUCUAGGUUCAGCAGAACUCCAAUUUCUUCACCCAAAAUAGUUGACCCCGGUAGUACGAUAUCAUGUGCUUUUGCUGGACCUCUCUCUUCGUCUCAUAUCUUCAACCAGCUAGAUUCCAAUGUCGCACAAAGACGUACAUCUUCGGCUGCUACAUCAUCGCUGAGUGCUGUUUCUGCCGGAAUGGAACUGAGUAAGGCUACGAAGGAACGUUGCGCACAGCUAAGGCAACGUCGGCGAGCACAACCAACUGAAAGACAACCAUUACCUGCUUUGCAUCUGCACCUAUCAAAAGAUGGUACAAGUCCCCUGCCUCCAGGGUGGCAAAGAGCACCAAAUACUAGGCGUUCGACAGAAGGGCAAGAUCUAGGGGAUAGUUCUGGCACAUAUGCUUACUAUUAUUACCAUGUCCGAACUCGUCAAACUAGGUGGGAUCCACCUGUAUAUCCAUGGGACGCCGAUCCUACGGAUACUCUUCUUGGUGAAACCGGAGAGGAUGACCCGGAAGCUCCUUACAAUUGGGGAUGUGCGUCGCGAUUCGCUGUCACACACGAAGAAAUUGAAGCUAUGUAUAAUCGCGUGCGUCAACGAAUAUUGGAACGUCAGUGCAUUGAUCUUCUGCAUGAAUUGGCAGGCAGACCAGAUGCUCCUCAGGAUGUAACUGAACAAGGCUUUGCCAUGGAAUUAUUCACUUUGGUCCACAAUACGUUACGUGGCUUUCGUGAUGCUCGAUGUAAACUUGGUCGUAUUGUUAACGAUGAAGAUUUAUACUACUUAACAAAAAAGCUUGCUCAGGCCGUAAUCCUAAAAGAAAUACAGAAGUUUCAUCAAGCCCAGGCAGCGAACACUUCUUUAUUUUCAACUGUUCUUACUCCUGAACUUCCUUCGACAGUGCGGUCAAGAGUUACCACUUAUGUUAGGCGAUACAUGGAGUCUAAGGGAGCAUUCUAUCGUCGCCGAGUUCAGCUAAUACCUGCAACGGGUAUUUCUCGUCCGGAACAGGCAGCUCAUCUAAAACCAGACCCUGCUAUUUUUAAGCCAUCUGUCAACAGUAGCAUGCGUUCUCGACCUGUAACGCAUCCUCAGAAUUUCAGCAAUGUAUCUCACCAUAAGAAUUAUGUGGACAAUGCUUUUUCGCAAUCUGCUCCUCCCAUUAAUACUACUGCAGUUAUUCCAGCGCGCCGCUAA